GGCCGUCACCCCUCCCUGCACACGAUGGGUGGCUGGAGAGAGCCGGCCCUGCUCUGGGCCCUGGCUCUUGCCCUGGCCUGUGCCCAGCACGCAGGCAACCCGGCCCGCGGGAUGACCAUCCUCCCACCUCUGGUGCGAGCCCAGAACCCGGCACACAACGGGCGUGUGUGCAGCACCUGGGGCGACUUCCACUACAAGACCUUCGACGGCAAUGUCUUCCGCUUCCCCGGCCUGUGCAACUACGUCUUCUCCGCUCACUGUGGCGCCGCCUAUGAGGACUUCGAUGUCCAGCUCCGUCGAGGCCAGGAGUCCAACACCACCACGCUGAGCAGGGUUGUCAUGAAGAUCGACGGCAUGGUGGUUGAGCUGACCAAGAACUCCACCCAGGUCGAUGGGCACCUAGUUCAGCUGCCCUUCAGCCGGUCCGGGGUCCUUAUCCAGCAGGGUGGCGGCUUCCUGAAGGUGGUGGCCAGGCUGGGCCUGGUCCUCAUGUGGAACCAGGAUGACAGUCUCCUGCUGGAGCUGGACACCAAGUACGCCAACCAGACCUGUGGACUCUGUGGAGACUUCAACGGUGACCCCGUCCUCAACGAGUUCCUCUCCCACGAUGUCAAGCUGACCCCCGCCGAGUUCGGGAACCUGCAGAAGAUGGACGGCCCCACAGAGCAAUGUCAGGACCCUGUCUCUGCACCCCCGAAGGACUGCUCCCCUGACUUUGGCGUCUGCAGGGAGGUCCUGGGCAGCCGGCUCUUCUCAGGCUGCAACGCCCUGGUGGACGCCAGCAGCUAUGUGGAGGCUUGCCAGCACGACCGGUGCCAUUGUGAGCAUGCCAACCGGACCAGCUGUGUGUGCCACACCCUCGCCGAGUACUCCCGCCAGUGUGCCCAUGCCGGGGGGCUGCCCCUGGACUGGCGGGGCCCCGACCUCUGCCCCCAGACCUGCCCUGGCAACAUGCAGCACCGGGAGUGUGGCUCGCCCUGUGCCAACACCUGUUCCAACCCGGGGCGCGCCCAGCUCUGUGAGGACCACUGCGUGGCUGGCUGCUUCUGCCCCGAAGGGAUGGUGCUGGAUGACAUUGGCCACACUGGCUGCAUCCCUGUGUCCCGGUGCUCCUGUGUGUACAGCGGGGACACCUACGCCCCGGGGGCCGUCUAUGCCACAGACUGCACCCGCUGCGCCUGCUCCAGGGGCCGGUGGGAGUGCCAGGAGGUGCCGUGCCCGGGAACCUGCUCUGUGCUGGGAGGCUCCCACUUCUCCACAUUUGACAAGAGGCAGUACACAGUGCACGGAGACUGCAGCUACGUGCUGGCCAAGCCCUGUGACAGCAGUGCCUUCGCCGUGCUGGCCGAGCUGCGCCGGUGCGGGCUGACGGACAGCGAGACCUGCCUGAAGGGCCUGACACUGAGCCUGGGCCGGAGCCAGACGGCCAUCGUGAUCAAGGCCAGUGGGGAGGUGUUUGUGAACCAGAUCUACACCCAGCUGCCAGUCUCAGCAGGCAACGUCACAGUCUUCAGACCAUCCACCUUCUUCAUCGUUGUCCAGACCGACCUGGGCCUGCAGCUGGCCGUGCAGCUGGUACCCACCAUGCAGGUGUUCCUGAGGCUGGUGCCCGAGCUCCGGGGGCUGACCUGCGGCCUGUGCGGGAACUUCAACAGCAACCAGGCCGACGACUUCCGGACCCUCAGCGGUGUGGUGGAGGGCACGGCCGCCGCCUUCGCCAACACCUGGAAGACCCAGGCCGCCUGCCCCAACGUGAAGAACAGCUUCGAGGACCCCUGCUCCCUCAGCGUGGAGAAUGAGAAGUUUGCUCAGCACUGGUGCUCGCGGCUUACGGACCCCCAGGGCCCCUUCUCCCAGUGCCAUGCCGCCGUGAACCCUAGCUUCUACUACGCGAACUGCAUGUUUGACACAUGUAACUGUGAGAAGAGCGAGGACUGCAUGUGUGCCGCCCUGUCCUCCUACGUGCGUGCCUGCGCCGUCAAGGGCGUGCUGCUCCGCGGCUGGAGGGCCGGUGCCUGUGCAAAGCCCAUGGCCACCUGCCCCAAGUCCAUGACCUACCACUACCAGAUCAGCGCCUGCCAGCCCACCUGUCGCGCCCGGACCGCCGAGGACAUCACCUGCGGCAUUGCCUUCGUGCCUGUAGACGGCUGCACCUGCCCCCAUGGCACCUUCCUGGAUGACUCGGGCAAGUGUGUGCCGGCCACCAGCUGUCCCUGCUAUCACAGGGGCUCGGCACUGCCCAACGGGGAGUCGUUGCACGAGCACGGGGUCAUCUGCACCUGCACACAGGGCACCCUGACCUGCAUCGGAGGCCAUGCCCGUGCCCCAGUGUGCGCCCCACCCAUGGUCUACUUUGACUGCCGCAAUGCUACGCGCGGGGCCGUGGGGGCUGGCUGUCAGAAGAGCUGCCACACCCUGGACAUGGACUGUUACAGCCCCCACUGCGAGUCCGGCUGCCUGUGUCCCGAUGGGCUGGUGGCCAACGGCGAAGGCGGCUGCAUCGCUGAGACCGACUGCCCCUGCGUGCACAAUGAGGCCAGCUACCUGCCUGGCCAGACCAUCCGGGUGGGCUGCAACACCUGCACCUGCAAGGACAGGAUGUGGCAGUGCACAGAGAAGCCCUGCCUGGCCACCUGCGCGGCCUACGGGGACGGCCACGUCAUCACCUUCGACGGUGCAUGGUACAGCUUCAGCGGGGACUGCGAGUACACGCUGGCCCAGGACCACUGUGGCGGGAACAGCAGCGUCCAGGACACCUUCCGCGUGGUCACUGAGAACGUCCCCUGUGGCACCACGGGGGCCACCUGCUCCAAGGCCAUCAGGAUCUUCCUGGGGAGCCACGAGCUGAAGCUGAGUGAUGGCAAAGUGGGGGUGAUUGAGAAGAGCGCAGGCCGGGAGGCGCCCUACACCAUCCGCCAGAUGGGCAUCUACCUGGUGCUGGACACUGCAGCCGGCCUGGUGCUGCUGUGGGACAGGAGGACCAGCAUCUUCCUAAGGCUCAGCCCCGAGUUCAAGGGGCGCAUCUGCGGGCUGUGUGGGAAUUUUGAUGGCAACGCCGUCAAUGACUUCACCACACGGAGCCAGUCCAUGGUGGGCGAUGUGCUGGAGUUCGGCAACAGCUGGAAAUCCUCCCCAUCCUGUCCCAAUGCCCUGGCCCCCAGGGACCCCUGCACCGCCAACCCGUACCGCAAGGCCUGGGCCCAGAAGCAGUGCAGCAUCGUCCACAGUGCCACCUUUGCCACCUGCCAUGCCCAUGUGGAGCCAGCCAAGUACUACGAGGCGUGCGUGCAGGACGCGUGCGCCUGUGACUCCGGGGGUGACUGCGAGUGUUUCUGCACGGCCGUGGCCGCCUACGCACAGGCCUGCCAUGACGCGGGCGUGUGCGUGUCCUGGCGGACCCCGGACCGCUGCCCUCUCUUCUGUGACUACUAUAACCCCAAGGGCCAGUGUGAGUGGCACUACCAGCCCUGUGGGGUGCCCUGCAUGAGGACCUGCCGGAACCCCCACGGCCAGUGCCUGCAUGACGUGCGCGGCCUGGAAGGUUGCUACCCCAGGUGCCCACCGAAGGCCCCCAUCUUUGACGAGGACCAGAUGAAGUGUGUGGCCAAGUGCCUGGUCCCGACCCCACCUCAGCACUGCCUUGUCCGGGGCAGGUCGUACCGGCCGGGAGCAGCUGUGCCCUCCGAUGAGAACUGCCACUCCUGCAUUUGCACGGAGAGCGGCACGCAGUGUGCUUAUGACGCCGAGGCCUGUGUUUGCACCUAUGGUGGGCAGCGCUUCCAUCGGGGGGAGGUCAUCUACCAUACGACGGAUGGCACCGGGGGUUGCAUUUCCGCCCACUGCGGGACCAAUGGCACCAUCGACCGGAUGGUCUAUGCCUGCGGCCCCACCACCCCCGUGCCCCAGACCACCUUCUCCUUCUCCAUGCCUCCACCGGGUGUGAGCUCAACACGCCCCAGCCCCUUCAAGAGCACAGUGCCCACAGGCACUCUGAGCACGGUCCCGCCUGCCACCACGGGCACGUCCCCCAGGCUGGCAUCUUCGGUGGCCUCCACCUCUCCCAGCCUGGGCUGUGGGGAAGAUUGCCAGUGGUCACCCUGGCUGGACAUCAGCCAUCCGGGCCGGGGCAUCGACAGCGGGGACUUCGACACGCUGGAGAACCUCCGGGCCCAUGGGUACCGGGUCUGCCAAGCGCCGAGGGAGGUGCAAUGCCGAGCUGAGGACGCUCCUGAGGUGCCACUCCAGGUCCUGGGACAGCGUGUGGACUGCAGCCCGACGGUGGGGCUCGUCUGUUACAACAAGGACCAGCGUUCGGGGCUCUGCCUCAACUACCAGCUCAGGGUCCAGUGCUGCUUCCCCCGAACCUGUGCCACCUCCAGAGGUCCCACACCCCCCACCCCUCCUGCAACCACGCUUGGGAACACCACAGGCACACUUCCGACAGGGAGCCCACCUUCCCCAGCCCCUGUCACCACAACUAGCAAAACACCUGCCCCAGGUGCCUCUAUGCCUGUUCCAGGUACAACUACAACUGCGAAAUCAACUCUCCCAACCCCGAGACCACCACCACCAGUUUCAACAACAGCUUCAACAACUUCUGUGUCUGCCCCAACUCCAUGGUCCAUGGAGCCGACCUCACCUGACACCAGCCAGGUCACCUGUUCACAAGUCCGGUGCACCUGGACUCGGUGGAUCGACGGCAGCUACCCUAAGUCAGACAGGAACAGUGGAGAUUUUGACACUUUUCAAAAUUUGAGAUCAAAAGGGUAUAAAUUCUGUGAAAGGCCAAGUAACGUGGAGUGCAGGGCACAGAUCUUCCCAAACACCCCACUGGCGGAGCUGGGGCAGGAUGUGGUCUGUGACAAAAACGUAGGGCUACUGUGCCUGAACAAGAACCAGAUGCCACCGAUCUGCUACAACUACGAAAUCCGGAUCCAGUGCUGUGAGCAUGUGGAUGUUUGCACAGGACCCACCAGCCAUCCAGUAACAUCACAGACCAAGCGCUACACCUCAAAAAAACCCAGUGCAACCCCUGUGCCAGUACCCAGCAUGACUCCUGCGCAAACAACCAGCCCAACCACUCUGCCAACAAGCACCUCUGAGCCAACUCCCAGCACAACUUCUGUGCCAUCAAGCAGCCCAACCUCUGUCUCUACACCAGUGACAACCGCUACCAACCCCGUGUCCACGCCCUGCAGGCGCCAGUGCAUGUGGACCAAGUGGUUUGACGUGGACUUCCCAUCCCCUGGCCCCCAAGGAGGAGACAUGGAAACCUUCAGCAACAUCAUCAGACGUGGGGAGCAAAUCUGCCGCCUGCCUGAAUUCAUCACCCACCUGGAGUGCCGAGCCGAGAACCACCACGAGGUCAGCAUCGAGCAGCUGGGCCAGGUGGUGCUGUGCAACCCCGACGUGGGCCUGGUGUGCCGGAACCGCGACCAGAAGGGAAAAUUCAGGAUGUGCCUCAACUAUGAGGUCCGCGUGCUGUGCUGUGAGCCCAGGGCAAUCUGCCCGUCCACCAUCACUCCUUCCACAGGACACACCACCUCAAGUGUGAGCAACACGACGCUGACAGUGUCCACCACCCACGUGAGCACAUCCAGCACAACGUCUGUGCCGACAAGCAGUCCAGCUUCUGUGCCAGCAACCCGCUCAACCUCUGUGUCAACCACCAGCCCAACAUUGGUGCCAAUAACCAGCACCUCUGUGCCAACCUCUAGCCCAGCUUCUGUACCAAUAGUCAGCAUGACCACUGCGCAAACCACCAGUCCAACCUCUGUGUCAACAAUCAGCCCAACCCCUCUGCCAACAACAAGCACUUCUGUGCCAACCUCCAGCACAACUUCUGUACCAAUAACCAGCACAAACCUUGUUCCAACAACCAGACCAACCUCUGUACUAUCAACCAGUGCAACACCUGUGAUGGUAACCAGCACCUCUGUGCCAACCUCCAACACAACUUCUGUACCAAUAACCAGCACACCCCCUGUGCUGAUAACCAGCACCUCUCGCAACCUCUGUGUCAACAACCAGCCUAACCCCUCUGUCAACAACCAGCACAACUUUUGUACCAAUAACCAGCACAACCCCAGUUUCGAUAACCAGCCCAACCUCUGUGCAUAUAACCAGCAUGACAGCAGUGCUGAUAACCAGCACAACCUCUGUGCCAAUAACCAGCACAAAUCCUGUGCAAACCACCAGCCCAACCUCUGUGACAACUUCCAGCACAACUUCUAUACCAAAAACCAGCACAACUUCUGUACCAAUAAUCAGCACAACUCCUGUUCCAACAACCAGCCCAACCUCUCUGCAAAUAACCAGCACCUCUGUGCCAACCUCCAGCACAACUUCUAUACCAAUAACCAGCACAACCCCUGUUCCAACAACCAGCACAACCUCUGUACUAUCAACCAGUGCAACACCUGUGCCAUGAAGACCACCACCCACCAUGUGCGCUUCAACUGCAGGCCCCAGUGCACGUGGACCAAGUGGUUUGAUGUGGACUUCCCAUCCCCCGGCCCCCAAGGAGGAGACAUGGAAACCUUCAGCAACAUCAUCAGACGUGGGGAGCAAAUCUGCCGCCUGCCUGAAUUCAUCACCCACCUGGAGUGCCGAGCUGAGAACCACCGCGAGGUCAGCAUCAAGCAGCUGGGCCAGGUGGUGCUGUGCAACCCCGACGUGGGCCUGGUGUGCCGGAACCGCGACCAGAAGGGAAAAUUCAGGAUGUGCCUCAACUAUGAGGUCCGCGUGCUGACACACCACCUCAAGUGUGAGCAACACAACGCUGACAGUGUCCACCACCCACGUGAGCACAUCCAGCACAACGUCUGUGCCGACAAGCAGUCCAGCUUCUGUGCCAGCAACCCGCUCAACUUCUGUGUCAACAACCAGCACAACAUUUGUGCCAAUAACCAGCACAAGCCCCAUGCAAACCAGCAGCCCAACCUCUGUGCCAACCUCCAGCACAACUUCUGUACCAAUAACCAGCUCAACCUCAGUACCGAUAAACAGCACAAACACUGUGCCAAUAACCAGCAUCUCUGUGCCAACCUCCAGCACAAUUUCUGUACCCAUAACCAGCACAACUCCAGUGCUGAUAACCAGCCCAACUUCUGUAUCAACAACCAGUGCAACCCCUGUUUCAACAACCAUCCCAACCCUUGUGUCCACAACCAGCUCAACCCCUCUGCCAAAAUCCAGUAUAUCUGUGCCAACCUCCAGCACAAUUUCAGUACCAAUAACCAGCAUGACAUCUGUGCAAACCACCAGUCCAACCUCUGUAUCAACAGCGAGCACAACCGCACCAACUUCCAGCACUUCUGUGCCAAUAACCAGCACAACCACAGUGCCGAUAAACAGCAGAACCCCUGUUGCAACUUCUGUACCAAUAACCAGCACAACUCCAGUGCUGAUAACCAGCCCAACUUCUGUAUCAACAACCAGUGCAACACCUGUUCCAACAACCAGCCCAACCUCUGUGUCAACAACCAGCUCAACUCCUCUGCCAAAAACCAGCACCUCUGUCUCAACUGCUGUGUCAACCUCCAGCACAACUUCUGUACCAAUAACCAGCACAAGCCCUGUUCCAAUCACCACCUCAACCUCUAUACCAUCAACCAGUGCAACACCUGUGCCUAUAACCAGCACCUCUGUGCCAACUGCCAGCACAACUUCUGUACCAAUAACCAGCACAACCAUUGUGCAAACAACCAGCCAAACCUCUGUGUCAACAACCAGCCCAACAUUUUUGCAAACAAUAACCACUUCUGUGCCAACCUCCAGCACAACUUCUGUACCAAUAGUCAGCAUGACCCCUGUGCAAACCACCAGCCCAACCUCUGUGUCAACAAUCAGCACAACCUCACUGCCAACAACCAGCACCUCUUUGCCAACCUCCAGCACAACUUCUGUACCAAUAACCAGUACAAACCCUGUUCCAACAACCAGCCCAACCUCUGUACCAUCAACCAGUGCAAUACCUGUGCCAGUAACCAGCACAACUGUGCAAACCUCCAGCUCAACUUCUGUACUAAUAACCAGCACAAUCCCAGUUCCAAUAACCAGCCCAACCUCUGUGCCUAUAACCAGCACAAAUCCUGUGCAAACCACCAGCCCAACCUCUGUGCCAACCUCCCACACAAUUUCUGUACCAAUAACCAGCACAACCCCUGUUCCAACAACCAGACCAACCUCUGUGCUAUCAACCAGUGCAACACCUGUGCCCAUAUCCAGCACCUCUGUGCCAACCUUCAGUACAACUUCUGUACCAAUAACCAGCACAAGCUCUGUUCCAAUCACCAGCUCAACCUCUGUACCAGCAACCAGUGCAAUACCUGUGCCAAUAACCAGCAUCUCUGUGCUAACCACCAGCACAACUUCUGUACCAAUAACCAGCACGACCAUUGUGCAAACCACCAGCCAAACCUCUGUGUCAACAACCAGCCCAAUAUCUGUGCAAACAAUAAGCAGUUCUGUGCCAACUUCGAGCACAACUUCUGUACCAAUAACCAGCACAACCCCUGUGCAAACGACCAGCCCAACCUCAGUUCCGAUAACCAGCACAACCUCUGUGCCAGUAACCAGCACAACCCCUGUUCCAACAACCACACAACUUCUGUACCAAUAACCAGCACAACCUCUGUGCAAACAAGCAGCCCAACCUCUGUCUCUACACCAGUGACAACUGCUACCAACCCCGUCUCCUUGGUGCCAUCCACCCCUACAUGCUACUGUAGUGUGUCUGGCGAGCUGCACCCUGCAGGAGCCAUCAUUUACCAGCAGACCGACCUCCUUGGCCACUGCUAUUAUGCCGUGUGCAGCCUGGACUGCCGUGUGGUUAGGCGGACGGACUCCACCUGCCCCACCAACAGGCCAUCUCCCCUGCCAGCAACCUCUCUGCCCAGGUCCUCUACCUGGACCCCUGUUCCUGUCACUGAGCAGGGAUGCCCAAAUGCUGUCCCCCCGAGAAUGAAAGGCGAGAUCUGGCCCAUGCCCAACUGCUCCCAGGCCACCUGCAAGGGCAACAACGUCAUCACCCUGCAGCCGCGCCCAUGCCCCCAGGAGCAGAAGCCCACCUGUGCCAACGGCUACCCUGCCGUGAGGAUGACCGAGCAGGACAGCUGCUGUCCACAGUACCAGUGCCAGUGUGUGUGCAGCGGCUGGGGCGACCCCCACUACAUCACCUUCGAUGGCACCUACUAUACGUUCCUGGACAACUGCACAUACGUGCUGGUGCAGCAGAUCGUGCCCGUGUAUGGCCACUUCCGUGUGCUCAUUGACAACUACUUCUGCAACUCCCUGGACGGGCUGUCCUGCCCGCGGUCCAUCAUCGUGGAGUACCAGCAGGACCGCGUCGUGCUGACCCGCAGGCCAGUCCUUGGGGUGCUGACCAACCAGAUCAUCUUCAACAAUGAGGUGGUCCAGCCCGGCUUCCAGAAAAACGGCAUCGUGGUGUCCCAGAUCGGCAUCAAGAUGUAUGUCACGGUGCCCGGGAUCGGCUUGCAGGUCAUGUUCACCGGCCUCGUCUUCUCUGUGGAGGUGCCUUUCAGCAAGUUUGCUAACAACACAGAGGGACAAUGUGGCACCUGCACCAAUGACCGCAAGGAUGAGUGCCGCCUGCCUGGGGGCACGGUGGUGGCCUCCUGCUCCGACAUGUCUGGCCACUGGAAGGUGCCCAACCCUAACCAGACUUCCUGCCUCGGGCCUCCUCCGACGCCCUCCACAGCCUGGCCCAUGACCCCACCCACACAGGCACCGUGCCUGCCUUCACCCAUCUGCCAGCUGAUCUUCCAACACCGUGUCUUCGGGUCAUGCUACACCGUGGUCCCCCCGGAGCCGUACUUCCAAGGCUGUGUCUUCGACCAGUGCUACAUGCCCGCUUCUGACAUGAUGUGCUCCAGCUUGGAGCUGUACGCAUCGCUCUGCGCGUCCCAUGGCGUGUGCAUUGACUGGAGAGGCUGGACCAACCACACGUGCCCCUUCACCUGCCCUGCUGGCAAAGUGUACCAGCCCUGCGGCCCGGCCAACCCCUCCUACUGCUACGGGAGCAGCAAUGCCAGCAUCGGGGCUCUCCAGGAUGCCGGCCACAUCACGGAAGGCUGCUUCUGUCCCCAGGGCAUGACCCUUUUCAGCGCCAGCUCUGGAGUCUGUGUGCCCACAAACUGCUCCAGUUGUCUGGGGCCCCAUGGGGAGCCUGUGGAGCCAGGCCACAAGGUCACCAUCGACUGCCAGGAGUGCACCUGUGAGAACGGCACUCACACACUGAGCUGCAGGUCACAGCCCUGCCCGCCACCCCCCGCCUGCCGCACGCCUGGCUUCGUGCCUAUGUCUGUGGCCCCACUGGCUGGCCAGUGCUGCCCCCAGUACAACUGCGCCUGCGACACCAGCUCCUGCCCCGCCCCCACGGACUGUCCUAAGGGCUCCCACCGGGUCUUGGUCUAUGAGGACGGCGCCUGCUGCCCGAGCCAAAACUGCAGCCCAACUGGCUGCAACAUCAACGGCACUUGGUACCAGCCUGGCGCUGUGGUCUCCUCCAAUCUGUGUGAAACAUGCACGUGUGAGGUGCCUGGUGGCCCUCAGUGGGGCACGUUCACAAUCUACUGCAAGACUGAGAUAUGCAGCCCCCACUGUCCCCUGGGCUUCGAGUACCGGGCACAGAGCGGGCACUGCUGUGGCAUGUGUGUGCAAGUGGCCUGUGUCAGCAAUUCCAGCAACAGCCCCGCCCACCUCUUCUAUCCCGGCGAGUCCUGGUCGGACCCAGGGAACCCCUGUGUGACACACAAGUGCAAGAAGCACCAGGACGGGUUGGUGGUGGUGACCACGAAGAAGGUGUGCCCCCCACUCAGCUGCCCUGUGGCCCAGGCUCGGCCGAGCACGGAUGGCUGCUGCCCCUUGUGUAGCCGCCCUACAUGUGAAUCCUGUGCCAGGAGCUACCAGCACCAGGUUAUCAGGAAAUGGGGCUGCAGCUCCCCUGGGCCUGUGCGCCUCACCUAUUGCAAGGGUCACUGCGGGGCCACCAGCUCCAUGUACUCCUGGGAAGCCAACAGGGUGGACCGCAAGUGUACGUGCUGCCAGGAGCUGAGGUCCUCGCUGAGGAACGUGACCCUGCUCUGUGCCGAUGGCUCCAGCCGCGUCUUCAGCUACCCUGAGGUGGAGGAGUGCGGCUGCGUGGGCCUGCGGUGCAGCUCCCACGGGUACCUGGACCACUCGCAGGCGCUAGAGCCCGAGCAGAGCCAGUAGGCAGAGCACGGGGACCGGAGAAGGGGGGCCCCGGGGCCCAGACCGCUCCCUUAGACAGACUGGAGGCCUCCCUCCUCAGCAAGCUCACCCCGAUUCCCGCUGCCUCAGCUCCCAAGGCCAGUGGAACCUGAGCCUUGGUCCACAGGACCCGAGUCUGGGAUGCACCAGCCACCCGCCUCCUCCCCCUGCAGGGUCCAGUUGACCUUGGACGUGCAGCGGCCCUGACUGACCCACAGCUGCCUGUCAGGAACGGCCUGGGGCAGGCGGUGGCUCCUCUGGUGGGGGGCCCAGCCUGUUCUUCCCAGGACUUAAGCAUCACAGAAGGGUCUUAUCAAGGAUUGUCACUCCGACUUGGCGACUGGCUGCUUGGCUGCCAUUGGGAGGACAGCCUCAUCCCUACCUCGGCCCUUGGCCUCAGGAAAAGGCCAACUGGUUUCACAAAUACACUUGG